UGGGAGGCAGGAGGCACUUGGGAUCGUCGCAGAUUUGGGACUGCCACAGAGGCCGCCACGGAGCCCGCAGGAGCCACCGUGCCUAUUGCUGCUGCCGCUGCCCGGAUCGGGAUCAUCGGGCCGCAGCCGCCGGCAAUGCCACGCAGGAAGUAUUGAUACAAACCCAGAGUCAAUGCUUCUGUGCUAAUGUCCGGAUCUGUGGUGUUACAGAGGAAUGCAGGCAGUAGUUCAGAUGGAACCGAAGAUUCCGAUUUCUCUACAGAUCUCGAGCACACAGACAGUUCAGAGAGCGAUGGCACUUCCCGCCGGUCGGCUAGAGUCACCCGCUCCUCCGCCAGGCUCAGCCAGAGCUCGCAAGAUUCCAGCCCUGUUCGAAAUUUGCAGUCAUUUGGCACGGAGGAACCCACUUACCCUACCAGGAGAGUGACCCGCAGUCAGCAGCAGCCCACCCCAGUGACCCCGAAAAAGUACCCCCUGCGGCAGACUCGCUCAUCUGGCUCAGAAACCGAGCAAGUGGUUGAUUUUUCCGAUCGAGAAACGAAAACCACGGCUGAUCACGAUGAGUCUCCCCCUCGAACUCCAACUGGAAACGCACCUUCCUCCGAGUCUGACAUCGACAUCUCCAGCCCCAACGCGUCCCACGAUGAGAGCAUGUCCAAGGACAUGUCGAUGAAGGACUCCAGCAGUGACCUCUCUCACCGCCCCAAGCGCCGGCGCUUUCACGAAAGCUACAACUUCAACAUGAAGUGCCCCACUCCAGGCUGCAACUCUCUAGGACACCUGACAGGAAAGCAUGAGCGACAUUUCUCCAUCUCAGGAUGCCCGCUUUACCAUAACCUCUCAGCGGACGAGUGCAAGGUGAGAGCCCAGAGCCGGGAUAAGCAGAUAGAAGAAAGGAUGCUGUCCCACAGGCAAGAUGACAACAACAGGCAUGCAACCAGGCACCAGGCCCCAACCGAGAGGCAGCUGCGAUACAAGGAGAAGGUGGCCGAACUCAGGAAGAAAAGGAAUUCUGGUCUGAGCAAAGAGCAGAAGGAGAAAUGUCUGGAACACAGGCAGACCUACGGGAACACUCGGGAGCCACUCUUGGAAAACCUGACGAGCGAGUAUGACUUGGAUCUCUUCCGAAGAGCGCAAGCCCGGGCUUCCGAGGAUUUGGAGAAGUUAAGGCUCCAGGGCCAAGUCACCGAGGGAAACAACAUGAUUAAAACCAUCGCUUUUGGCCGCUAUGAGCUUGACACCUGGUACCACUCUCCUUACCCUGAAGAAUAUGCCCGGCUGGGGCGUCUCUACAUGUGCGAGUUCUGUUUAAAAUACAUGAAGAGCCAGACCAUCCUGCGCCGACACAUGGCCAAGUGUGUCUGGAAACACCCACCCGGGGAUGAGAUCUAUCGCAAAGGCUCCAUUUCCGUGUUUGAAGUGGAUGGCAAGAAAAACAAGAUCUACUGCCAAAACCUGUGCCUAUUGGCCAAGCUCUUUCUGGACCACAAGACAUUGUAUUAUGAUGUGGAGCCCUUCCUGUUCUAUGUGAUGACAGACGCUGACAGCACUGGCUGUCACCUGAUUGGCUAUUUUUCCAAGGAAAAGAAUUCGUUUCUCAACUAUAAUGUGUCUUGUAUCCUUACCAUGCCUCAGUACAUGAGACAGGGCUAUGGCAAGAUGCUCAUUGAUUUCAGUUAUUUGCUUUCCAAAGUGGAAGAAAAAGUUGGCUCCCCAGAACGCCCCCUCUCAGAUCUGGGGCUCAUAAGCUACCGCAGUUAUUGGAAAGAAGUGCUGCUCCGGUACCUGCACAAUUUCCAAGGCAAAGAGAUUUCUAUCAAAGAAAUCAGCCAGGAGACAGCGGUGAACCCUGUGGACAUUGUCAGCACUCUGCAAGCCCUCCAGAUGCUCAAGUACUGGAAAGGAAAGCACCUCGUUUUAAAGAGACAGGACCUGAUUGAUGAGUGGAUAGCCAAGGAGGCCAAAAGAUCCAACUCCAACAAGACCAUGGACCCGAGCUGUUUAAAAUGGACCCCGCCCAAGGGCACUUAAAAGUGUCUGUCGCUCCGAGCCAGCGAACCCAGCAGUAGGAAUCCGCCCCCUAGGGAUCUGUCUGUCAUUUCUGUUGCUCUUGUGGUGGGCACGUGCAGUAUCCUUGGGGAAGGCCACCCCUCAGGACUGUCCUGGCUCCGACCUUCGUGCACACUGCAGACGCUGGUUCUCAGGAACUGUUGUUUCGGCCUCAGUGAGGUUCCUGGAUGGGCUCUGCGUGAGACGCGCGUGCAGGCCCCCAUAGCACUGACCCAGGAGUUCUGUAUGGUACUGUACCUGUCCAGUCACUGGUUCUCCUCACGUCCUCGCGCCCCAUGAGGUUGUGUUGUGUCUUCUAAACUGUCUGUCAUUGUGCUUCUUGCCGCCCGGUCACCAGGCCUCCAGGUACGGUCGCCACCACUGGGGCCUUUCCAGUGACUCCUCACGCCUCUCUUCUGUGGAGGACGGGGAAGGAGGGGGCAACGCUUCUCAGCGCGUGUCCUGGGAGGGAGCUCCAUUCGUUUUGGGGUUCAUUUGGUUUUCAGUUUAUGUCCCUGUUUUUAAACCCCUCUGGGUUUAGAAAGGCCCGCUUGAACGGGUGCCAGGCUGACCAAGCUCCGAGUGCUUUCUGAAGUGCUUCCCAGGGAUUCUCCUUGGACACGGACAGCCCGGCAGCCCCUGGAGGAGAGAGAAGACUGGAGGCCGCCCAUGGGCAGUGCAGGGUGGCUCUCCACGCCGGUUCGCCUCGCCAGGAAGAACCAGCCGGACCUGGCCGCCUCCCCUUCACUCCUGCCCCUUUUAGAUGCCGGAACCAUUGCCAACUGCUCCCGUUUCACAUGAGCUGGUCCAUUAUGCCGCAGGUGCCCUCCUGGUUGGUACCAGGGUGGGCUCUCGCCAGUAUGUCCUAAUCCGUUGCAUUGAUUUUUGUGUCCCGACCUCCUCCAAGAACUAGAAAAUCAUGUCCACAUCUCGGCCCCUGACUCCGCGAGGCAGAGCCGCCACCCUGCCAAGGACCACAUCUCCCACAGUGCCUCGCCCGCUUGCUCGAUCACUCACUCUCCUCGAAAGCCUCCAUUCCCCGUCGCCCCCGCGCCCUGGUAGACAUGCUCCUCCCGGCUCCCCAGCCCGCUGUAACCUGCUGUCUCCACAGCUUUUGAUGUAUGACGUCACCCUCCCCAACCUGGUCUCCAGCCACACUGCUGUCAUCCUGGGGGGGCCUCGCCACAGCCCAGUCAUUGGUGCCUUUCUCUCGUCAUCUCUGUACACUACGUGAUGCUCACUGUGGGGUUUGGGGCGCUAACUGUAAGCAUGUUCCGUGGCAGCUCCCCUCCAGAUUCAGAUUCACUGUCAACAUUUGUGCAAAAGCCACUUCACUCUAGGGGAUGUCUAGGGGUAAAGGCCUUUGACAGGAGCGGAGUUCUGUCUUGCCCACAUGUGGUAGAAUGUGCUGUUCUAUAUCGACUUCUCAAUAAAGCAUGUUCUCUGCUCAA